AUGGGUGAAAAAGCUAUGCAACAUUUACCAUGUGAAGGUAAAAAAUUCAAAUCAAUAACAUUUCAAAAUAGCUCACUCUCGGUGGAAGUAUUUAGAGCCCUGCAAUCUUUACGAAAAGAUGAAUUGUUAUGUGAUAUAAAGAUGGAAACAGAUGACGGUAGAAUCAUUUAUGGACACAAAGUUGUUUUAGCAUCAGCUUGUCCAUAUUUCCUGGCCAUGUUCACUAACUUUAAUGAAAAGGAUAAAGCUGCAAAUUUCUUGUCAAUGGACUAUAUAAAAGAUAAAUGUACUAAAUUUUUGGAAACACAAUUGGCUCCGUCCAAUUGUAUUAAAACCAAACGAUUUGCUGACUUACACGACUGUACAAAAUUGAAAGCAUGUUCUGAAGCAUAUAUUAAAACACAGUUUUUAGAAGUGGUUAAAUAUGAUGAUUUUUUAUAUUUAUCUCCUGAAGAAUUAAUUGAAAUAAUUACCAGUAAUGACCUUAAUGCUCCACUGGAACAAAAUGUGUUUGAAACUGUUAUAAAUUGGGUACAACACGAAUCGGAUAGUAGAAAACAAUAUUUCAAAAAUAUACUGGCUCAUGUAAGAUUGCCAUUAAUACCAACUGAAUAUCUUUUAAAUAAUGUAGUUGGACAUUCACUCAUUGAAAUAAGUCCUGAAUGUAAAAAUUAUGUAAAUUAUGCUUUGAAUUUUAAUUUCAUAAAGACUUUACAAAAAAUCACCAUACCAAAUAAAAUUUGCUGUACACGGAGGUCUGGUAACUUAAACAAAAUUAUUCUUAUGCUAAGUUGGGCUGAUGAAGAGACUUAUAUAAACUGGUAUGACCCAGCAACAAACAAGUGGAACGUCACGUCAAAAUUCUGUCAGAACCGUGGAACUGGGAGUAUCAUGUUAAUAAAACAUCAAUUUAUUGUUUUAGUACAACCUUAUUGCAGAACAAGUGAAAUUAUUGAUUUAUUUUCACUAAAACCUCGUUGGAUACCAAUGCCUCUUAUGAAAGUUAAUCGACGAGAUUUUGGAGUUGGCUUAAUAAAUCACUGUGUAUAUAUCGUUGGUGGAAUUGAUAGUUGUUCUAGUUCUAUAGUUAAUAGUGUGGUGGUUUUCGAUAUCAAUGUUCAAGAAUGGCGAAGGGUUGCUAGUAUGUCCAGUAAGAGAGGUUGUCCUGGUAUCGGUGUACUCAAUAAUCUCUUAUACGCGGUAGGAGGUUAUGAUUUUUCAUCAGGGAAUAUGUAUUUGAAAUCGGUCGAAUGUUAUGAUACCACAAUUGGCAUAUGGAAACUAGUUGCAGAAAUGUCCGAAGGUCGCAGUGAUGUUAGUAUAGGAGUUUUAGACGGUAUUAUAUAUGCUAUUGGCGGUUAUAAUGAAUUAGGAUAUUGUAAGGCUGUAGAGACAUAUAGACCAAGUGAUGGCUUUUGGACUCGUAUUGCUGAUUUACAUAUGGAACGAAUCCGUCCCGAAGUAGUCACAUUACAUGGUUUAAUGUACGUUAUGGCCGGAAGACCAUUUAAACCACAUAACGAUUCUGUAGAAAUCUACAACCCCAAGACCAAUACAUGGAAACUAAUGGAGUCCUGUGUAAAGGGUAGAAGUGCCUUUAAUAGUGCAGUAGUCAUUGAUAGGCCACCACAUUUUUAA